CUGGCCUUGGUAGUAACUCGGAGCAGCAGCAGCGGCGGCAGAAACUGCAGGGGGAGAGGCCGCCGUCGGAUUUGGGUUGUCCCUCCCUGGACCAGGCCCCGACCAGCCCGGAGCGUGCCUCACGCCACCGCUCCGGUCCUUUCCGGGAUUCGAGGGCGCCAGGCCUUGGCCAGCCCCCCCCCGCCGCCUCAGAUUGUCAUUCAGGAAUGCACUAGUUCCAAACCUGCCAAGUUCUAUCAUCUGUGGAUCUACUUUUCCUUUGUUUUGGGGACAUUUGGUCUGCUUCUCCCUGUGUUCUAAAAGUGGCUAUAAGAAUAAAAGAAGGACAACUUUUCGGUGUGUGGAAGCCUUGAUUUGCACCAUCAAAAGCCUGGAGGAAAAGGAAAGUGUUUACUUGGUGCCAAAAGUAUGUCAAUAAAGAUUUCCAUGAGGACAGCCUUGCAAGGAGUGGAUGGCACUUGUGUAGAUUUUUGGCACUUGUGAUCUGGUGUCUCUCGGUGACUCAUUCCCCUGCACUGAGACAGUAAAAGCCAUGAAGGUUGUACCAGAGAAGAAUGCUGUUCGAAUCCUUUGGGGCCGAGAACGGGGCACACAAGCUUUGGGAGCACAGCGUCUUCUGCAGGAGUUGGUAGAAGACAAAACCCGUUGGAUGAAAUGGGAGGGCAAGAAGGUUGAGUUGCCAGACAGUCCACGCUCCACCUUUCUACUGGCAUUCAGUCCAGACAGGACCCUUAUGGCUUCUACUCAUGUGAAUCACAAUAUUUACAUCACUGAGGUGAAAACGGGCAAAUGUGUUCACUCUCUAGUUGGGCAUCGACGCACACCAUGGUGUGUAACCUUUCAUCCUACCAUUCCAGGGCUUAUUGCUUCAGGGUGCCUUGAUGGAGAGGUUAGAAUCUGGGAUUUGCACGGUGGAAGUGAGAGCUGGUUUACAGAUAGCAACAAUGCCAUAGCAUCUUUGGCUUUCCAUCCAACGGCCCAGCUCCUGCUAAUUGCAACAGCCAAUGAGAUCCACUUCUGGGACUGGAGUCGCCGGGAGCCUUUUGCAGUUGUGAAAACAGCCAGUGAAAUGGAGAGAGUCCGACUAGUUCGGUUCGAUCCUCUUGGGCAUUAUUUACUCACAGCAAUUGUUAACCCUUCCAAUCAACAGAACGAUGAAGAGGUGGAAAUACCUGUGGAUAGUACCGAAAUGCCACACUAUCGUCAGCGUUCCAUCCUCCAAUCUCAGCCUGUGAGACGCACACCACUCCUUCAUAACUUCCUGCAUAUGCUGUCCUCACGUUCUUCUGGUAUCCAGGUGGGAGAGCAAAACGCCAUGCAAGACUCGGCUACUCCCUCCCCUCCUCCUCCUCUCCCUCCUCCUCCACCACCACCACCUCCACCUCCACCACCACCACCUCCAGCUAGUGAAGCCUCUAGAGCAUCUGCCUAUAAUGGCCUCAGUGAGCCUGUCAAUUUCCCCUCAGUAAAAUGUUGCCAACAUCUGGGGGUGCUGUGCCUUUGCAGGCGAUGUUCUAGUGCAAGACUUCCUUCUCUUUUUCCGUCCCAGGACAACACCCCUUCCACAUCCUCUGGGUCCACUGGCACUUCCUUUUCUUCUGUGCAAAUGGAGCCUUACCAGCCCCAGGAGCAGGCAACUACAGCACAGCAGGAGCAGGGACUCCUUAACCGACCAUCUGCUUUCAGCACUGUACAAAGCAGUACUGCGGGCAACACCCUGCGCAACCUUAGCCUCGGCCCCACUCGUAGAUCCCUUAGUGGGCCUUUGUCUGGCCACUCGUCCAGAUUUCACCAGUCUACAAGAGAGAUGGCCUCUGGGUUGGAGGGUUCUGAGUGGACUCGAACAGUGUUGAAUAUGGGCCCUCGCUCUGAGUUGGAAGGUAUGCCUCCUCCUAGAACCAGUGCCUCUUCAGUGAGCUUGUUGUCGGUACUGAGACAGCAGGAAGGAAGCUCCCAGUCCUCUGUAUAUACUUCAGCUACAGAAGGGAGGGGUUUUCCAGCUCCUAGUGCUGAAGCUGAAAGCACUAGCAAUGCUGGUCCAAGCAAUCCAACCAGCAUUCGCAAUGAGUUUCAGUGUGACUUGAGGCGGUUCUUCUUGGAAUAUGAUAGGCUUCAGGAGCUAGAUCAGGGGAUAGGUGGUGAACCCAGUCAGUCACAUCAAGCCCAGGAGAUGCUUAAUAACAACAUCGAGCCUGAUAGACCUGGUCCUUCUCAUCAACAGACCCCACAUAGCAGUGAAAACAAUUCCAAUUUGUCACGGGGGCACCUGAACCGCUGUCGAGCCUGUCACAACCUGCUGACUUUUAACAAUGACACACUUCGCUGGGAAAGAAGUACACCUAGAUAUGCACCAGGGCAGGUCCAAAGCACAUUUGAAGGUGUGCCAUCCAGCAGUAGCCAGCUACCACCUUCCGAGAGAAUGGAAAGUAGAACUUCUCCCUCUAGCAGACUGCCACUGGGAAGAUCUUCUAAUCCGCCAGAGGAAAGGACCGUGGGAGUGGUCUUUAACCAGGAGACGGGGCACUGGGAAAGAGUUUACAGCCAAUCUGCUUCAAAUAGACCUGGGAAUGUAUCACAGGACGCCUUAAACCAGGAAAUGCCUGAGGAAAGUUCAGAGGAGGAUUCGCUUAGGAGGAGGCUAUUGGAGUCUUCACUCAUUUCAUUAUCCCGUUAUGAUGGGGCAGGAUCUCGGGAACAUCCAAUCUAUCCUGAUCCAGCUAGGUUGUCUCCUGCUGCUUAUUAUGCCCAGAGAAUGAUCCAGUAUCUUUCACGCAGAGAUAGUAUUCGUCAGCGCUCCAUGCGAUACCAGCAGAAUCGGCUCCGUUCAUCUUCAUCUUCUGCUUCCACUUCUGAGAAUACAGGUCCAUCUGUAGAAGGAAAUGAUCUGGAAUUUGAAGACUUUGAGGACAACGGAGACAGAUCAAGACAUCGAGCUCCUCGGAAUGCCCGCAUGUCUGCCCCAUCCCUUGGGCGCUUUGUCCCCAGGCGUUUCUUGCUGCCAGAGUACUUGCCUUAUGCUGGGAUUUUCCAUGAGCGGGGACAGCCUGGUUUGGCCACUCAUUCCUCUGUUAACAGGGUUUUGGCAGGGGCUGUGAUUGGAGAUGGGCAGUCUGCUGUAGCGAGUAAUAUUGCCAACACCACCUACCGGCUUCAGUGGUGGGAUUUCACCAAAUUUGACUUACCUGAAAUAAGCAAUGCCUCUGUGAAUGUGCUUGUUCAGAACUGCAAGAUAUACAAUGAUGCCAGUUGUGAUAUUUCUGCAGACGGGCAGCUCCUGGCAGCCUUCAUUCCUAGUAGUCAACGGGGCUUUCCUGAUGAGGGAAUACUGGCAGUAUAUUCCCUAGCACCACAUAACUUGGGCGAGAUGCUGUACACAAAGCGAUUUGGUCCCAAUGCUAUUUCUGUGAGCCUGUCCCCAAUGGGCAGGUAUGUCAUGGUAGGACUGGCAUCCCGUCGCAUCCUCUUGCACCCUUCCACAGAACAUAUGGUGGCUCAGGUCUUCAGGCUGCAGCAGCCACAUGGAGGAGAGACCUCAAUGAGGAGAGUAUUCAACGUCUUGUACCCAAUGCCUGCUGACCAAAGGAGACACGUCAGCAUAAAUUCUGCUCGCUGGCUGCCUGAACCAGGCUUGGGAUUGGCAUAUGGCACUAAUAAGGGGGACCUGGUGAUUUGCCGACCGGAGGCCUUAAACUCUGGGGUUGAGUACUACUGGGACCAGCUGAAUGAGACCGUCUUCACUGUGCAUUCCAACAGCAGGAGUACCGAGCGGCCUGGAACUAGCAGAGCCACAUGGAGGACAGACAGGGACAUGGGUCUAAUGAAUGCCAUAGGCCUGCAGCCACGGAACCCAACCACUUCUGUGACAUCACAGGGCACACAGACUCUGGCUCCUCAGCUGCAGAAUGCAGAGACACAAACGGAGAGGGAAGUUCAGGAACCAGGAGGUUCUGCUUCAGGGACUGCAGAAGGUGGUCCAGAAUAUGGGGCUUCUGGGGAGGAUGCUCUGAUCCGAAUCCAAAGGCUGAUGGCUGAGGGUGGCAUGACUGCUGUGGUCCAGCGAGAGCAAAGCACCACCAUGGCAUCCAUGGGUGGUUUUGGCAACAAUAUCAUUGUGAGUCACCGGAUCCACCGCAGUUCUCAAACUGGCACUGAAUCCAUUGGAACAGAUGGUAGCUCAGCUCAGCCAUCCACUUCCCAGGAGCUGUUAUCUGAGCUUGAAGGACGAACCCUUUCUGAGUCCAUGCAGGUGACAGAGCGUGGCUUGAGCCCACGGACGUCCUCUGACGAGGUGGAGGGAGAAGAAGCUAGUGGGCAGAGCCUGUCAGAGCAGGCUCAGUCCUUAAUGGACACUGAGGGACCAGUUGAGUACAGUGACCUAAGUAAUAAUAACCAUCUUCCUGACAAUACCAACUUCUACAGUAAUGGUGGCACCAGUGGAGAAUCUCGGAACAGGUAGAGGUGAAUUGUAUGUUGGUGCUACUCUUGUACUGCUAAGCAGAGACUUGUACCUCACAGCUGACCAGGAACUGAAGGAGUAGGAGAUUUUGGCUCUGACCAGAUGCUGGUAACUCAGUGGGCAUUGGUAUAUAGGGGUGGGAGAUGAGAGGGAGACCAUCAGUUGUAUAGGAGGAUCCUUAAAGAGGUUUUAUUCUGUGUCUUAGCUUCCCGCAUCCGUUUUGCUGCACAUUUUCUACAGUAGCUGUAAUAAACCUUGAUAUUCAGCUGAGCCUUAUGUAAAUUUCUCAGCUCACUGGCUACAGGAAUCCAUUAAGCUUUGCCCUAACCCUGCAGUGCUUUUAAUGUUACUCUUUGUUUUGGGUUUUUUAUUUUAAAAAAAAACGCUUUCCCUUCUUUUGACUUACCAGCUAAUCAGAUAAAAAAGGACUGUAGUCUCUUCCUUUUGGAGACCUGAAACCUUUAUUGAGUGUGUAUGUUUAAGUGCUACUGUGGAGGGGAUUUGCACCCCAGCUCUGCUACCAGAGUGGAUUUAUCUUCCAGGCCAGAGUUCUACUCCCUGCCACCCUGCUAGUAAGCGCUAGGCAACUCUUCAGGAGUUGAAGAUUUGGAUGGCUUGAGAUAAUGCAGACUGGAUGAGGCAAGGUAGUCUUCUCCAGGGCUCUGUUCUACUCUUCUUUCCAGCCCAGAACUGGAGGUGGGGAGAGCUGUGCUUGGGCUUCACCAUCCCUUCAUGCUCAGGAACCUCUCGGGAGUGUGGGCCUUUUGUUUUAAGAGUAUCUACUUUGUAUGCAAGCAGGACCCUCUUAGGGGCUGCUGUGGGUGGGGCAACAUUAUAGUUGUAAAGCAUGUGGGUAGGGUGGGAACCGCACCCCAGUAAAGAUGGCACUUAGACAGAAGUUGCCCAGGACUUCGCACCCCUUGCUGUGCCAAUAAUAGUAAUUCAACCUGGCGAGGCUUGGCGGGAUCAUGGUGCCAUGGCCAGGUUGCACUUCCCUGUGUGGGGCGGGGUGGGGCGGGUGGGAAGAGAGGGUUAGCUCCGCGUCAGAGCGUGAGGUAUGUGUCUGUGAUGUAAGGUGUUGCAUGUGAAAAACCUUGACCUUGUACAUGUAGUUUCUAGUGGAGAAAUCAAGGCGCUGAUAUUUUUUUGUUUCUAGUCUAAAAUGUGAUUUUCCUUUUCGUUUGUAACUCUCCAUCCCAGUGAGCUUGUAGCAGGAAGGUAGGGGGAGAGUGUGCUAAUGAGGGAAACACCAAAGAUCAACGUCAUUAAAAUAUGACAAACCCUU